AUGCCUUUGAGGUUUAUGAAGUCCAUUAUAAUGAGAAAGAUAAUGAAUCCAGAGAAUCUGACCUCUCAGCGUUUGCUGUCUGCAAUCCAAGGCAACACCACUAAUCUUUUCCUGGGUCUCCAGCUUGUCCAGUUUUUCAAGCCUCUCAUCAUCCCUUGCUACUCCCUUGUGGUUUUUGUCGGCAUCAUUGGGAAUUACCUCCUGAUCUAUGUCAUCUGCAAGACCAGAAAGAUGCACAAUGUCACCAACUUUCUUGUGGGCAACCUGGCGUUCUCUGACAUGCUCAUGUGUGCCACCUGCAUCCCCCUGACCCUGGCAUAUGCCUUUGAGCCCAGAGGCUGGAUCUAUGGACAUUUCAUGUGCUACUUUGUGUUCCUGAUGCAGCCGGUCACCGUGUUUGUCUCUGUGUUCACCCUGACCGUCAUUGCUGUGGACAGAUAUCAUGCCAUGCUUCAUCCGCUUCAGAGGAGGCUCACCAUACCCGUCUGUGCCUACAUCCUGGCAGCUAUCUGGCUCCUGAGUUGCCUGCUUGCUGCCCCAGCCUUGGUCCACACCUACCAUGCGGAAUUCCCAGAACUUGACUUCUCUAUCUGUGAAGAGUUUUGGUUCAAUAGGAAGAGGGAUCGGUUGGCAUAUGCCUACAGCACUCUCAUCCUCACCUACGUGCUGCCCUUUGCCAUCAUCUCUGUGUCCUACCUGAGGAUCUCAGUCAAGCUGAAGAACCGAGUCGUCCCUGGCAAUGUCACCCAGAGCCAAGCUGAGUGUGACAGAGCCAGAAAGAGGAAAACCUUCCGCCUGCUGGUCCUGGUAGUAGCUGCCUUUGGAAUUUGUUGGCUGCCUUUGCACACCUUUAAUGUGAUCAAAGACAUAGACAUUAAACUCAUAGACAAGCGAUAUUUUAACCUGAUCCAGCUCCUUUGUCACUGGUUUGCAAUGAUGUCUGCUUGCACUAAUGCCUUUCUUUAUGCCUGGCUACAUGAUAGCUUUAGAGGGGAGCUAAGGAAAAUGUUUGCCUGGCGGAGGAAAAAGAUAGGACCUGGCUCACACUGUAUUGUGGCUAGUGUGGUGCUGUAA